AUGUUGGAAGAAGAAUGUCAAGCUAGACACAUAAAUAAGUUUCAUGGGAAUCAAUCAAUCAAUCAACCAAUCAAUCCAAAAUUUAAUAUUCUAAAUGACAAACUUUGUCAACCUCAAGUGGAAUAUCAGAUCACAAGUAACGCAGAGGCAUCACAUCUCAUAUUGCUCCUUGUUGAACAUCCUGAACAGAUUACAAUCUUCCAAUCUCUUUGUCUCGUCACAGCUUUUUUCAAUAUCGUCAAAAUCGCCCACAUGAGAUUUCGCCGUGUCAUGAAUAAACUGUAG